AUGACGAGAGAUGAGAUCGAGAGCGAGUUCGAGCUCGUGGAUGCGAGCGAUGUGCCGACGAUCGGGUGGUGGGACGCCUCGCGAGGGUGCGAGACGGUGGCGGAGGCGCAGACGCGCGCGCGCGGCGUGGCGAAGUAUUUAAUGCACAAGGCGCGCGCGAUGGCGGCGGGUGAGGAGGAAGAGAUGGACGUGUGCAUCGUCACGCACGGAAUGUUUAUCGAUAUGCUGCUCAAGACGCUGUUCGAUGUGCCGAGAACGCGAGGAAAGCAGGGGGCGCUGUUUUGCUCGCAAAACGCGUGCGUGCACGAACUUCAUCUUGACAUCGCCGAAGACGGCGAUUCGGUGGGAUUGCAGGUGUUUAACGACGUCACGCACAUUCCCGAAGAGGCACGCUCGGGUGGCACCGUCGACGGGCUCUCGGAGGCGUACACGAACGAAGGUUCGGCGUGA